UCCCUCUCUGAAAGCACCCAGAAGAAGACUAGGAAGCUCCGUCAAACGUAGUAAUGGCUGCCGACGUGAGCUCUCUGGUUCGGACCUUGGGAGGUGGAGGCUGCAAGGACGACCAGCACCGGGCGGCGGUGAAUGAUUCGACGGGCGAGAAACCGGUGGCUCUGAUUACUCGAGACCUGCUCGGCGGCUCCUCUAGGUGCGUCGUCGAAUCUCAGGAUUUGGAUCUUGACCUGCCGGUUCCUAGUGGAUGGGAGAAACGCUUGGACCUCGAGUCUGGGAAAGUGUACAUUCAGAGGAGUGACACUUCAACCUUACCUUCAAUGUCUGAACAAAAGCUGCAAAUGAAUCAUGAAGGCACAUCAACACAGGUAAAGCUCAAUUCGCCAUUAAGGGCACCUCUGAACCUUUUCGAUGAAACAAGCUUAGAUUUGAAGCUUGUUUCAUCCUCAAUGCCAUCGAGUAAUAAUUACCAAAGCGUAUGCACACUUGACAAAGUGAAAUCAGCACUUGAAAGAGCAGAGAAAGAGCCAAUCAAGAAGCGAAAUCCUGUCUGGAAACCAUGUUCAUCAUCACCAUCACCUUCGUCAUAUUCAUCUUCAUCCUCUUCCAUGAGAGAAACUCAGGAAGAAGAAAGUGAGGAGAAAUUGAUGUCAUCACCAAUGGCAGCUGGAUGCCCUGGAUGUUUGUCAUAUGUGCUGAUCACGAAGAACAAUCCCAAAUGUCCAAGGUGUAAGUCGGUUGUUCCUUUCCCAUUGAUGAAGAAACCUAGGAUUGACCUCAACAUAUCAAUCUAAGAGAUUGAUGAUAUAUAAUGAUAGCGUCUGGAAAAAUUUCUGUCGAUUCUGUAAAUGAUAGAUAAAAUUACCGAGGUCGUUGAAGGAUAGGAUUAUUUGAUUAAGAUAUGUUGGCCAGUUUUAUGUAUAUUGCAAAUGGAUUGCGGUUUUAUUAGCGAAGCUAAUAGAAUAUUUUAUACUUCCUGUAUA